AUGACCUCAAUACCCAAGACACCGUCUCGCUAUAGAUCACGUUCAGAUGCAAAGACGCCGCUCACUCCAUCCAUCAUCUCUGCCUUCAAUAGUAUCUCCAUCUCCCCCCAAAAACGAUCUCAUCCUGCUGACCUGUCAAAUCCAUUCAUCACCAAAUCGCGACAAGUAUCUCCCGUAAAACGCGCAACUGGAGGUGGCAUUGCCGUCUCAGACUCAUUUCAACGCCAAGCGGGUGGAGGAGUCAUCAGAAAAGGCGGCAUUGAGACCCGUUUGGACGUCGUUUCACGCGACUACUUACCCCCUGCAUCACAGCCUAGACCAGAGCUCAAGCGCUCGAGAUCAACCCCUGCUACUCGGGAGCGCACACAAUCUACCGGUGACAACCGCGAUCGUUUUAUUACUACUCGCGAUGCCGACGAUGUUGCUGCCACGCUCGAACUCAUGAGUCUCAACCCAAAAACCGUAUCACCAGGACACACAGCUCGUCUUGCAGCUGCCACAGGUGUCCCUCUCAAUCGCCGUGUGCUAGCGUACCACGAGGCCCCCCCAGCUUCUUCUUCAGACUCUACGCUUUCCCAGCAGCGCGAACUAGCUCGUCCGCUCUACGGACGCCCAGGUGAACUCCCUUCGUCAACUAGCUCUACAACCAACAAGUCCCGUCGCAUUCCCACUCAGCCCGAGCGCGUCCUCGAUGCUCCGGGCAUGGUUGAUGACUUUUACCUGAAUCUAGUAUCAUGGUCUAUCCAGAAUGUUGUUGCUGUCGCCCUUGCUGAGAGCACUUACGUCUGGCGGGCAGAUACGGGGAUCGUCUCUCAUCUUGGUGAAGCGCCUGAGGGCACAUAUGUCUCCUCAGUUGAUUUUUCAAAUGACGGUGCCUACCUCGGUAUAGGUCUCGGCACUGGCGAAGUCGAGUUGUGGGAUGUAGAAGCUGGACAGAAGCUUCGGACGAUGGGUGGACAUCAAGGUCAAAUUGCCGUGUUAUCUUGGAACGCCCAUAUACUUAGCUCUGGAUGUGGGGAUGGAAGUAUAUGGCACCAUGAUGUCCGUGUCCCUCGGCACAAAGUCAUGGAGCUGCUUGGACACACAGGAGAAGUCUGCGGACUGAAGUGGAGAGCAGACGGCGAACUUCUGGCGAGCGGGGGUAACGACAAUGUCGUCAAUAUUUGGGAUGGACGCGUAGGCGAUGUUACGGAGGGGGCGCGCGGGCAAGCCAAGUGGACGAAGCGAAACCAUACCGCUGCCGUAAAGGCAAUUGCUUGGUGCCCCUGGCAAUCUUCCCUCUUGGCCAGCGGCGGGGGCACAAACGACGCAACUGUUCACGUCUGGAACAGUGGCACUGGCGCCCGCCUGCACUCUCUCAAAACACCGUCCCAAGUCACCUCCAUCAUCUGGUCACCGCAUAAAAAAGAAAUCCUCACGACACAUGGGUACCCCACAAAUGCAAUUAUGGUACACGCCUACCCGUCGCUCGAGCGUAUCGCGGAGAUACGGGAUGCACACGACUCGCGGGUGCUGUAUACAGCGGUAGGGCCUGCAGGCGACGUCGUGUGCACGGGUGCCGGGGAUGAGAAUCUGAAGUUUUGGAGAAUAUGGGAGGGGGUGGGCGCAAAGAAAAAGAAAGAGGGGAAAGAAAGGUCGAGUUCAACGACGAGGUCGGGGAUUUUGUCGAUACGGUGA